AGGUCGGUCGAUUGUAAACAUCAAGCCAUUCAGUCUUAUUUCUCAAGCAGAAACGUACAAUUGCCACAGAGGCCGCGCACACUCCCCACCACUACAAGGGUCUUGCCUUUAUACGGGUCUUGUCACACUCGCCCCGAACCUGAUAGACAGGCGAUGUCCACAUGCCUCCGGUGGUCUCCUCUGUCGUUUGGUUUGCCCAAAAUGCUCAGUACAUUAUAGCAUUCGUCCUAGGAGCAACCACAUUAGUCUUCUCAUGCCUGGCGUACUUGAUACUGCGUUGGGUAAUAUUGCCUAACCCUUUCUUGGGCUUAUUCUCUCCAAAAUCACACCCUAAAAGAAAACCCACAAAGGCAAAGGGCAAAACAACAAACUUAAAAAAGACGACAUCCCGAAGUAAGGUUACCCGUAACAGUUCCCCUGGGCUGGUGGACAGCGCAUUUACCAUGAUGGGGACCGGCCUGCUUAUUUGUUCAAUCGCUUCAGCUGUUAUAUGUGCAUAUUCCUUGACUUCUCAGGGAUGCGAGGCUCUGAGACAUUUUGGACUGAUUGAGUGGUUGCCUUGGAAGACUGGUUUAAGAUGCUACCGUUCACGGUGGGACUGGGUGGGGGAGUUCUUGGGAGAGCUGCUCCUAACGCUGCUGCACAAGUCUGAAUAUGGGACUGCAGCAAUCAAAACGAUUGAAAACAUGUAGCCCCUGUACAAACCGCUUUUUGCUCAAUCAUAAAAUACAUUCUUUUUUCUCUUUCAAAUAUCCCCAAAAAAAACAAUAUAUCCCUAUUUCGCUUGCAGACAACUCCUAGUCAAGCACAACAAUUAAGAUGAUACAGCUGCAGCCGAGCAAUAACUUAACAGAUGUUGGUCUUCCAUUUGCUCCUUUUACUCCUUCUCCUUCUCAACAUACUCCCAUUGUCCCAGCUUCCCGUUCCAACAAGGAUCGGCUCCUUCCGCCGGAGGCCUCUCCAAAUCCUCCUUUUUCAAAUAGCCCUUCCUCACUUUCCGCUUUGCUUCAGUCGAUACACCCAAUGCUUCAUCUCUCUCCUUUAGCAGCUGACGAUCGACCUGGGAGUCGUCUGUGUAAGCCAUCAUGAGCUGGGGAGGACCGAGGGGUAGGUCAGGGUGAAGGUCGAAUUGCCAGUAAAUGAUUACUUCAAACGUUGUUAAAAUAGAGCGACAAAAGUAAGGAUAGAGCGGGACAUACUAGGAACGAGUGAUUUGGUCCCCAGCAUGAGCAUGCCAGAGUCGACUUCAUAUCUAUGGGAAUGCCAGUACUGUGGAAAGC